GCGCCUUAGCAACCAAACCUAGCAACUGGGGCGUAGCCUGGUGCCGCGGCGCUCAGCCGAAGGGACUGGGAAACACGUUGAGCGGUUUCCCGCCUCCUAGGCUAGGGGACGGUCUCCUCCGUUUCCCGAGACCCUGGAACCACCUCAUUCUGGUGAAAAUAAGAGGCAGCCUAGGGCAGCCUUUCGAGGACAAAAGGGUGACAUGCCCGUCGUGUAUGACAGAUUGCUAAAGCUAAAGGAGAUGUUUAACUCUAAGUUUGGAUCCAUUCCCAAGUUCUAUGUUCGGGCACCAGGAAGGGUCAACAUAAUAGGAGAACAUAUAGAUUACUGUGGAUAUUCUGUGCUUCCUAUGGCUGUAGAACAAGAUAUGUUAAUAGCUGUGGAACCUGUGAAAACACACACUCUCCAACUGGCUAAUACAAAUCCCUUGUACCCGGACUUCAGUACUGGUACUAACAACAUUCAGAUCGACAAAACCAAGCCUCUGUGGCACAACUAUUUCCUAUGUGGAUUUAAAGGAAUUCAGGAACACUUUGGUCUUAGCGACCUGGCGGGAAUGAAUUGCCUGGUGGAUGGGACUAUCCCUCCAAGUUCUGGCCUCUCCAGCUCCAGUGCCCUGGUCUGUUGUGCUGGCUUGGUGACACUCACAGUUCUGGGAAUGAACCUAUCCAAGGUGGAACUUGCGGAAAUCUGUGCCAAGAGUGAGCGGUAUAUUGGCACUGAAGGAGGAGGGAUGGACCAGUCCAUAUCAUUUCUUGCAGAAGAAGGAACUGCCAAGUUGAUAGAAUUUAGCCCUCUGAGGGCAACUGAUGUGAAACUCCCCAGUGGAGCAGUGUUUGUGAUUGCCAACAGUUGUGUGGAAAUGAAUAAGGCAGCAACCUCCCAUUUCAACAUCAGGGUGAUGGAAUGUCGGCUGGCUGCAAAGCUCCUGGCUAAGCACAAAAACUUGCAGUGGGAUAAAGUGCUGCAGCUGGAGGAGGUGCAGACCAAACUGGGGGUCAGUCUGGAAGAAAUGCUGUUGAUUACAGAGGAUGCUCUUCACCCUGAACCCUACAGCCCUGAGGAGGUCUGCAGGUGUCUGGGAGUCAGCCUGCUGGAACUUCAGACCCAAAUUCUGAGUCCAAAUACUCAGGAUGUGCUCAUCUUCAAACUGUACCAGCGGGCUAAGCACGUGUACAGUGAGGCUGCGCGAGUGCUCCAGUUUAAGAAGAUCUGCGAGGAAGCACCUGACAACAUGGUCCAGCUGCUGGGGGAGCUGAUGAACCAGAGCCACGAGAGCUGCCGGGACAUGUAUGAGUGUAGCUGCCCUGAGCUGGACCAGCUGGUGGACAUCUGUCGGACGUUUGGAGCUCAAGGGUCACGACUCACGGGAGCAGGAUGGGGAGGCUGCACAGUCUCACUGGUACCUGCUGACAAGCUGCCCAGCUUCCUAGCAAAUGUGCAGGAAGCCUAUUACCAGAGUGGCGACCGGCGCCUGGCACCCGAGAAGCAGAGUUUGUUUGCUACCAAACCCGGAGGCGGGGCCUUGGUUUUCCUUGAGGCCUAAACAAUGUAAAAAAUCUCGGAGAAACUAUUUAGGGCAUUUAGGAACUGGCAGGACUUCUUAUGCCACAGUAAAUUAAUCCUUUCUGUUUUGUAUUAUGAUGAACGGUUGCUAUUAUCAAGAUGUGUUUCCCAAGAAAUGGUUGCAAGCUCUCUAAGCUUCAUAAUGAUUAUUUUUCCAUCUUAAAAUAUGUUUUUUAUCAGUAGGAGUCAAAAUUAUGGUUGGACAGAUCCCUUAAGAAUGAUUUACUAGGAUUUAUUGACUGUAAGAUUUUUAAAGAUGAAUUGUAAAAAAUAAUCCCAACCUCAUGGAUUGGACUAGAAUUAAACAUACUGCUACAGUUAAACUGAAA